AGAAAACAAAUCUCUUUGUGUGUACUUGCAUCCUCGCAAGGUUUGGCUUUAUUUUGACUUCAGAAUAACUUCUCCUCUCUAUUUUCACUAAUAUAUUUAUUUUUUAGUUUUUUUUCUCUCUUCAAAAUCUUCUCAAUCGGUGGUGUUAGCCAUAGCCAAAAGCUCAUCCUCUCUGAAUCGCUGGGAUCGACAGAGAACUGUCUUGAAAACUUUAAAUCAGACCGUUCGUAGAAACUACACAGAAGCAGCAUCUCAAGGAGAAAUAAAAUCAUUAGACUACUAAUGUUUGAUGCUCUUCUUUUGAUCACCUCUGUUUAGUUUAUGAUCAGACUCAUCGUUGUUCUGCCUAAUUUUUAUCAGAUGCAGAUUGGUGAUUCAUGUUUGUGUUGAGUUUUAAACCGACAGAACUAUUGUCAUAGAUAUAUACAGCAAAAAAUGGAUGUUAACGAAGUUGAAGAAAGUUUCUUUGCCCCUGGUGAUGCCAAGCUACAUGGAGAAAUGUGCAACGCCCUUUCAGUGAUCUACUGCAAGAUCAUGUCUGUUUUCCCCUCUCUCGAAGCUGCUCGGCCGAGAAGCAAAUCUGGAAUACAAGCUUUGUGUUCACUUCACGUGGUUUUAGAAAAAGUGAAGAACAUUCUACGCCAUUGCACUGAAUCUAGUAAACUAUACUUGGCUAUAACAGGAGAUUCAGUAGUUUUGAAAUUUGAAAAGGCGAAAACUUCUCUUAUAGAUAGCCUUAGGCGUGUUGAAGAUAUAGUCCAACAGUCCAUUGGCUCUCAGAUUUUGGAGAUUAUAAUGGAACUAGAGAACACUCAGUUCUCCCUCGAUCCAUCAGAGAAGGAAGUUGGCGAUCAAAUCAUUGGACUGCUGCAACAGGGAGGCAACUUCGAGAGCUCAUCUGACAACAACGAGCUAGAAAUUUUCCAUCAAGCUGCUACUAGACUAGGCAUCACAUCUUCAAGAGCAGCUCUAAGUGAGCGAAGAUGCCUCAAGAAACUCAUCGAGAGGGCAAGAAUGGAAGACGACAAGAGGAAAGAAUCAAUAGUAGCGUACCUCUUACAUCUCAUGAGAAAGUACUCAAAGCUAUUCAGAAGCGAGAUUUGGGAUGACAAUGAUUCACAAGGUAGCAACUCAUUGCCUUGUUCACCGACCAUUCAAGGCUCUCUAGACGAUCCUCCAGGCCGUGCUUUCGACAGACAGCUGUCUAAACUAAGUUCCUUCAACUUCAAAUCUUGCAAUAACAAUAGAAGAUCUGUGCAGAUGUCUGUUCCUCCAGAUGAGUUAAGGUGUCCCAUCUCAUUGCAGCUUAUGUAUGAUCCUGUUAUCAUUGCCUCUGGACAAACGUAUGAGAGGUUAUGUAUUGAGAAAUGGUUUAGCGAUGGACACAACACGUGUCCCAAGACUCAGCAGGAGCUUUCUCAUCUCUGCUUGACUCCUAACUAUUGCGUCAAGGCUCUGAUAUCGAGUUGGUGUGAGCAGAACGGUGUUCAGGUCCCUGAUGGACCUCCUGAGUCUCUAGACCUUAACUACUGGAGGCUGGCGUUGUCUGUGUCCGAGUCAGGGAAGAGUGUUGGUUCUUGUAAGUUUAAGGAUGUCAAGGUGGUUCCUCUGGAAGAGAGUGGAACUAUUAAAGAGGAAUCAUCGUGUGAGUUAGAAUACCAGGAAGCUGAAGUUACUCUUGUUGAGCGGUGUACUGAUCUGUUGACCACUUUGAGUGGAGUGGAUACUUUGAGGAAGAAGUGUAGAGUUGUUGAGCAGAUGAGAGUGUUGCUAAAGGAUGAUGAGGAGGCUAGGAUUCUCAUGGGGGAGAAUGGGUGUGUUGAAGCUUUGCUUCAGUUUCUUGGAGCAGCUCUCAGUGAAAAAAAUGAUUCAGCUCAGAAAGUUGGAGCCAUGGCUCUCUUUAACUUGGCUGUGGACAACAACAGGAACAAGGAGUUGAUGUUAGUAUCAGGAAUCAUCCCUCUGCUGGAGGAGAUGCUAUGUAACCCACACUCCCACGGUUCAGUGACGGCACUUUAUCUGAACCUCUCGUGUCUCGAAGAUGCAAAGCCAGUCAUAGGUUCGAGUCUAGCAGUUCCUUUCAUGGUGAACCUUCUUUGGACAGAGACUGAAACCCAAUGCAAAGUCGAUGCCCUUCACGCUCUUUUUCACCUCUCCACUUACCCUCCCAACAUUCCCUGCCUUCUAUCAGCUGACAUAGUCAACGCUCUUCAAUCACUCACCGUCAGCGAUGACCAAAGAUGGACGGAGAAGUCUUUAGCUGUUCUGUUGAAUCUUGUUUUGAACGAGGCGGGUAAAGAAGAGAUGGUUUCAGUGCCUGGUCUGGUGAGCAACUUGGCCACUAUUCUUGACACUGGUGAAGCAAAUGAGCAAGAACAAGCGGUUUCUUUGCUUUUGAUAUUAUGCAAAUAUAGUGAGAUGUGUAGUCAGAUGGUUUUACAAGAAGGGGUGAUACCUUCUUUGGUGUCUAUUUCUGUAAACGGGACUCAAAGAGGAAGAGAGAGGGCGCAGAAGCUUCUGACACUGUUCAGGGAACUGAGGCAGAGGGAUCAAACACAUCACAUAACAACCGAACAGCAUGUAGAAGUUGUUUGUCCGGAAGAGGGAGGAUUCUCUGUGGCUGCAGCCGCUGUAACAGAGUCAAAACCACAGUGUAAGUCAGCAUCAAGAAAAAAAAUGGGAAGAGCAUUCAGUUUUCUAUGGAAAAGCAAGAGCUUCUCUGUUUACCAGUGUUAGUCGGUGUAAAGUUUGUACUUGUUCUCUCCCUCGGAGACUUAUUAUCUCUUUUUGAAAGUCUUUGGAGGUCACAAAGAAUGCUUUGUAUAGUUUUUUGGGUAACACUUUUGCCUUCUGUAUGGAUUUGCUGUGGGAUUUUUUUGGUUGAACUAAAAAGUAACUUGAAGAUUUGUUAAAUAUACAAAAAAAAAAAGAUUGUUGUCA